AUGGCUUGUGCACCGUUAUUAGGUGCAUUAUGUCCUCAUAAAACUUGUGGCUUAAAACAAGGAUAUCUAGAAAAAUUCUGCGAGAAUAAUGACGACUGUAGUAAUAUAUUGCAUUCAGUAUGUUCGAAAAAUAACGGAUGUGUUUGUAUUGCAAAUUAUACUGCAUUAAAUAAAACAACAUGUGCACCUUUGUUAAAUGAACCAUGUUUAGACGAUGGAGAAUGCGCAACAUUAAAUGCUGUUUGCAUUGACAAUAAAUGUCAAUGUAAACGUAAAUAUUUACCUGAAUCCAGUCAUAAUUGCAUACCAGAGCAUUUGAAAGAAGCCUGCGAUUGCGAUUUAGAUUGUAAGGCUAUAGAACAUGCAAAAUGUUCAGAAGAUAAAAAAUGUGUUUGCAUAGAAAAUUACGUUUCAAUUAAUGAAACAACUUGUGAACCAAUAAAAUACGAUCUCUGUCCUGCGAAAGAACAAUGCUAUGCAACAAAAAAUUUUUGCCGUCAAAAUAAUGAUUGUCACGAUUUAGAGCAUCAAUAUUGUUCAGAAAAACAAAUUUGUAUCUGUAAACCAACUUACAUGGAGUUGAACGAGAUUUGCCAACCAAUUAUAGGUGGUUACUGUUCAAAAAAUGAAGAUUGUAUUCCAGAUAAUACUUUUUGUUUUCUGAACCUAUGUCUAUGCAAAUAUGGCUAUGUAGCUAUAUCUAGUAAUGAAUGUUUACCAGUUUCAUUGGGAAUGUCAUGUGAAUCAGAUGAAGAUUGUGAUUCGAUAAAUAACGCAAAAUGUUCUAAUGAUAAAAUAUGUGUAUGCAUUGAAAAUGGUAUUUCACUAAAUAAAUUUACGUGCACGAUAAUUAUCGGAAAAUCUUGCUCAAACGAUGAUCAUUGUUAUAUUGAACAUUCAAGAUGUAUAAAUAAUAGUUGUCAGUGCAAGUCUGAAUAUACAACAGCAUCUGGUAGCCAGUGUGUAAAAACAUCAUUCUUAGCCGAUUGCUCUGAUCGUUCGGAUUGUAGAGAUGCAUUACACAUGGAUUGCUCAAUUAAUAAUAAAUGUGUCUGCAAACCGAACCAUAUUGCAUAUAUCAAUCAAUCUUGUGCACCGCUUUUAGAUGGAUUCUGUUGGUUAGAAGGCCACUGCGUCACGGAAAAUUCUGAUUGUAUCAAUAGUAGUUGUACGUGUAAGCCUGGUUAUGUUAGAGUAUCAAUGAAUGGAUGUGUAAAAUCCUUGAAUCAUUGA